UAGUGAACCAAACACAUAGAAAGAAUCGAUAAUCUCUUAUGACAAGCGAUCGACUGCAACAUUUCAAGUAUUUCACUCACAGAAUUACAUCACUCAGUUAUGUUUAAGUUGCAGCAUCACGAAAUAAACACAACUGCUAUCCCAGUAUUAAAAUAAAGCAUUCACAUAGCACAUUAGUUCACUGUCAGCCUAACUUAAACCAUGUUCAUUCACACAAUUACAAUGACACCACAGUUAGAGGCAUACUACAGUUGCAUGUGUGAACAUUCGGUUUUCAGUGACGUCGCCUAUGAAGUACAACUUUUGCCAUGUCACUUAUAGUGCAACUCUGUUGUACUUUGUGACACAACUGGCAUUCUGCCACCACUGAAUAGCAACAACAUCAUUAGACUGCGUCCAUGGUGGCUGUAUUUCAAAAAACCAGCAUUAUGUCGUAGUUAUCAUGGAAUAACUGCUGCUAUACUCCAUUCGAUUUCAGAGUGUUUUCAUUUUUUUACUGUCAAAAAAGUCGAAACAGUGGUAUGCAGGUACUCUUUCGCAGCUUCUGGAGCUCCAAGAAGAACAAUCUGAUAUUAUUGCUCUGUGUGUGGGUGUGUGUGUGUGUGUGUGUGUCUGUGGAGUCGCCCAGAAUAAUAUCGCUACUCUGAGGUAGCUCAAGUAACUUCUCUGGACCUGCAGUUAGUUUGCUCCUUUGCUAUAAACGAUGCUUGUGACAACAUGCUUUGCUCCUAGUAGAACAAUAAAACGUAUUUGUAUGGAGUCGUAUGACCCUUUAGUUGUUGCUCUUAUACGUAACUACUAUCCCAAAUGCCGUACUUCGUUAGCAAUAUUUGCAAAUGAAUGAUGUAUUCCACAAACAACUUAAUAGAUUUUUGGGCGAAUAUAUAAAUAAAGUUACUACUUUCCAUAACCAAAAAGUUAAUUUUAUUAUAACAUUCACUCUUUGAUCAUAGAGUCUCUAUCACCACUACAGUCAUCAACAUUAAUAUUAACUCUGCUGAGAACUACGAGUGGUAAACAUGAACACUGAUGGGUAACAUCGUUGGCGCAAAUGUAAACUGUGCGGCGUUGUGGAGGUGUGUGAAGUUUGUUUUAUGGUUAGGGGUACUACUGUAAAUUAAAAAACAUGAAAGUGGCGUUAAUGGUAGCAGAAAAGCCUUCUUUGGCUGCGUCAUUGGCGAGCAUACUAAGUAAUGGGAAAAGCAACUCUAGAAGAGGAUCAGAAGCGUGCGCAGUGCACGAGUGGACCGGGCAAUUUCAGAACGAGACCGUUCUUUUCCGAAUGACAUCCGUAUGUGGCCACGUUAUGACUUUGGACUUCUGUGGAAAGUACAAUAACUGGGAUCGAGUGGACCCGGUUGAGUUAUUUUCAUGCCCUACUGAGAAGAAAGAAGCAACACCAAAAUUAAAGAUGCCAGCAUUUCUGGCACAUGAAGCUAAGGGAUGUGACUACCUCAUCUUGUGGCUAGAUUGUGAUAAAGAAGGUGAAAAUAUAUGUUUUGAAGUGAUUUCAGCUGUGCAGAACUCAAUGAAAAGAAGUAUUCAUAAUCCUGAUGUGGUGUACAGAGCACAUUUUUCAGCUAUAACAGAAAAGGACAUCAAAGCAGCAAUGUCAAAUUUGGGAAAACCGAAUGAAAAUGAGGCAAAGAGUGUGGAUGCAAGGCAAGAACUGGAUCUCAGAAUAGGAUGUUCGUUCACAAGAUUUCAAACAAAAUUUUUUCAGGGAAAGUAUGGUGACCUAGAUGCUUCUACUAUUUCCUAUGGUCCUUGCCAAACACCUACAUUAGGAUUCUGUGUUCAGAGGCAUGAUGAAAUCCAAACAUUUAAACCAGAACCAUAUUGGGUGCUUGUGGUUAUAGUAAAAGGAGCAGAUGGACGGGAAUAUACUUUGGACUGGGAGAGAGUUCGAUGCUUUGAGAGGGAGAUAGCUAACAUUUUCCUGUCACAAGUCAAAGAGUUUAAGGAAGCCCUAGUAACAAGUAUCACAAAGAAGGAGAAGGUUAAGGCUCGACCACUGGCACUCAACACUGUGGAACUUAUGAGAGUAGCUAGCUCUGGGCUUGGUCUUGGACCUCAUCAUGCCAUGCAGAUUGCUGAGAAAUUGUACACUCAAGGGUACAUAAGUUAUCCUCGAACAGAGACUACACAGUACCCAGAAAAUUUUGACCUUGUGGGAGUGCUGAAGCAACAACAACACAGCUCAGUGUGGGGAGCUGAGGUUCGUGAAAUACUGGCGGAUGGCAUAAACAAACCUCGUAAAGGUCAUGAUGCUGGUGACCAUCCCCCAAUAACACCCAUGAAACUGGCUAACAAGGGCGACUUGGACAAUGAUGCAUGGAGACUUUAUGAUUACAUAACAAGGCACUUCAUUGCAACUGUUUCACGUGACUGCAAAUAUCUAAGCACAACAGUGGCAUUUUCUAUUGGCACAGAAAUUUUCACCUGCACUGGGAAAACAUUGUUGGAUCCUGGUUACACAACUAUUAUGCACUGGCAGGCUUUGGGAAAUGAUGAAAUUAUCCCUGACUUUACUGUUGGUGAAGAAGCUGCAAUACAUGAUGCAAAAAUUGUGGAGAGACAAACAUGCCCACCUGAUUAUUUGACUGAAGCGGAAGUAAUUACUCUGAUGGAGAAACAUGGGAUUGGCACAGAUGCCUCUAUUCCUGUCCACAUCAACAACAUUUGUCAGCGUAAUUAUGUAUCUUUGGGAACUGGUCGCAGGCUUAUCCCUACACCUCUUGGAAUUGUAUUAGUACAUGGAUAUCAGAAGAUUGAUCCGGAGCUGGUCUUGCCCACAAUGCGAUCUGCUGUAGAAGAACAGUUGAAUCUUAUAGCUCAUGGAAAAGCUGAUUAUAAUGCAGUUCUUCUUCAUACAGUUGAGAUAUUUAAGCAGAAAUUUCUUUAUUUUGUAACAAAUAUUGAAGGAAUGGAUCAGCUUUUUGAAGUGACAUUCUCACCUUUGGCUUCUUCUGGAAAAUCAUACUCCAGAUGUGGCAAAUGCAGACGUUACAUGAAGUAUAUUCAAGCCAAACCCUCACGCAUGCAUUGUUCCCACUGUGAUGAAACUUACAGUGUACCACAGAAUGGUUGUAUACGUAUUUAUAAAGAACUCAAGUGCCCAUUAGAUGACUUUGAGUUGCUGUCAUGGUCUGCUGGAACAAAGGGAAGAAGCUAUCCUUUCUGCCCAUACUGCUACAAUAAUCCCCCAUUCAGACAAAUGAAGAAAGGAAGUGGUUGUAAUGCUUGUACACACCCAACUUGCCCUCACAGUCUAAAUAGUACUGGCAUGUCAAGUUGUGUUGAAUGUGAGGGAGGUAUUUUAGUAUUAGAUCCAUCAUCUGGACCAAAAUGGAAACUUGGUUGCAACAAAUGUGAUGUCAUCAUACAUUUAUUUGAGGAUGCACAUAAAGUAUUAGUUGAGGAUGCAGUAUGUGAGUGUGGAGCACAGCUGAUAAGUGUUGAGUACAAACCGGAGAAGACACGGCUUCCAGGUGAGGCAACGGAAAUGACAGGUUGCGUUUUCUGCUCAACACAUUUCACAGCACUUGUGGAAAAGCACCGUGCUGUUUCUAGGCCUGCUGGCAGUCGGGCUCCUCGGGGAAGAGGGGGUAAAGGAAAAAGUCGGGGCCGACCACGAGCCCCGAGAGACAAAAUGGCACAACUUGCUGCAUAUUUUGUUUAACACUGUUUUUUGUUAUAUUUAUUUAACAAGAGAAAGAACUGUAACCUGUGUGUAAUAACUUUAUACUUCGCAGCUAAGCAAAAAGUGGAAAUCUUUUAUUAUGCUAUUAUUGUAUGAAGAGCCCUCUUUUUGUAAUAUUCUUCAUCAGAGUGAUGUAAAUAAUAUAUUUAUUAUUUUUA